CAGAAUUCUUUAUCGGCAAUAUAAAGUGCGUUUCAAAACUACAACCACAAAUGUAUUCUCGUUUUAACUUCGCCUAUAAUAAGAUGUCUGUCGUGAACGUUUUGGUAUUGCUGCUGUGUAUAAUCGUUCUCAGCGAACGGUGUGCGUCUUUAAACGACAAAAACGAUUUCUUAAACAAUGUAAAUGCACCAGCUGGCGCUAUGAAGACUGGUUUUGAGAACAACGGUUUUUGGGAUCCACUGAAUUUACCAAAAAGUUUCGACGCUCGAGCCAAAUGGUACAUGUGUCCGUCUAUUGGUCAUAUUUACGACCAGGGUAACUGCAAAUCAAGCUACGCUAUUUCUGUAGCGUCAGCCGUAAGUGACCGGAUCUGUAUCCAUUCAAAUGGAACGAUGAAACCAAAAAUAUCGGCACAGCAAAUAUUGUCCUGCUGCUACCUUUGCGGAAAUGGUUGCAUGGGCGGCCAACAUUUUGAGUCUUGGGACUUCUACAGAAGACACGGAUUGGUGUCCGGAGGUGAAUAUGGUUCAGACGAGGGAUGUCAACCGUACACGAUUGAACCAUGUCAACAUACGGAAACCGCAACUGAAAACGCAUGCUCGAAUAAAACACGGUUCACUCCAGAGUGCAAGUUUCAAUGUUAUAAUCCUAACUACGAGACGAGAUACGCGAAAGACAAUCAUCAAGGAACGUAUUAUCGUGUCCCAGCAUAUAAAGCAAUGAAAGAAAUUUACGAAAAUGGUCCGAUAACUGCGUCAUUUUACAUGUACCAAGACUUUGUCAACUAUCAAUCAGGUGUGUACGCAUACAACUCUGGAAAAUACGUUACCACUCAAGCGGUUAAAAUCAUAGGCUGGGGAGAAGAGAACGGCACGCCGUACUGGUUGGCAGCCAACUCGUUCAAUACAUACUGGGGCGACAACGGGUAUGUCAAAAUUCUACGAGGCGCCAACGAAUGUUAUAUAGAAGAAUACAUGUACGGCGGAUUACCGUUGUGAAUUAUUGUCGUACACAAGUUGAUUGACCGGAUGCUAUCUUUAUCUCACGCUUUUUCUUCUGUUUUGUAUCAAAAAAUUACACUGUCAUUUAAUGAUUAUCUAAUAUUAUAUUAUAAAUAAAUAAAAAAUAAAAAACUGUAAACAUGAAA